ACUUGUGUCAUUUGUACUUUUUAAGGUUAUUUACUACCUAAGUAUUUACUAUUAAUCAUAUUUUUGGUUAAAAGUGAAAUGGCCUCAGAGUGGUUUGAAAAUAUUGGGCGUCCACGUUUUGUGGUCGCGCCUAUGGUCGACGCUAGCGAAUUGGCCUGGAGAUUAUUAUGUAGAAGACAUAGUGCAACACUAUGCUAUACUCCUAUGCUUCACAGUAAUGUAUUUACAAAAGACCCAAAGUAUAGAAAAGAAAAUUUUACUAGUUGUCCCGAAGAUCGCCCUUUAAUCGUUCAGUUCUGUGGUAAUAAUCCAGAAAUAAUGGCUACUGCUGCAAAAUUCGUGGAAAAAGAUUGUGAUGCUAUUGAUAUCAAUCUUGGUUGUCCACAAUCUAUUGCAAAACGUGGUAGAUAUGGUUCAUUUCUUCAAGAUGAUUGGCAGCUCUUGCAUCAAAUAGUAUCAGAAAUGUCAAAAGCUGUUUCCAUUCCAAUUACAUGUAAGGUGAGAAUUUUUGAAAGUGUUGAAAAAUCUGUAAAAUAUGCAUUAAUGUUACAAGAAGCUGGUUGCCAAUUAUUGACAGUCCAUGGAAGAACUAGAGAGCAAAAAGGCCCUUUGACAGGUAUAGCCAGUUGGCAGCAUAUUAAAGCUAUUAGGGAAGCCAUAUCUAUACCCAUGUUUGCGAAUGGUAAUAUACAAUGUUUACAAGAUGCCCAAAGAUGCUUGGAUUACACAAAUGUUGAUGGCAUUAUGAGUGCUGAAGGUAAUCUAACAAAUCCUGCAAUUUUUCAAGGAGUCAAUCCAGUUACAUGGGAAAUGGCAUUUGAGUAUUUGGAUUUAGUAGAGAAGUACCCAUGCCCUACAUCUUUUAUAAGAGGCCAUUUGUUCAAAAUAUUUCAUAAAAUUUUUACAUUUGAAAAAAAUAAUGAGGAGAGACAAUUACUGGCUACUGCACAAAAUUUAGAAGAUUUUAAAAGUGUUUGUAUUAAAAUAAAAGAUAAAUAUUUACUCUAUCAUCAAGGUGAAUUAAAAUUUGAUAACAAUGAGGGAAUAACAAGGAUUGCAUUUGAUUUAAUCUUGCCUCCUUGGCUAUGUCAACCAUAUGUAAGAAUAUCACCAGAGGAACAUACUCAAAAGAUGGAGAGGCUUAGUAAUAAACAGAACAAUAAUAAUGGCGAGAAAAGAGCAAGCAAUGAUAUAGAUGACGAAAAGAUUUCUAGGAAAAAGAUGAAAAAAUUGAGAAAAAUAAUGAGAAGACCAGUGAAACCCGAUCUCGAGCAACAUAAUAGAAGAACCAUUUCUUCAAUUUGUUUCAAUAACACUUGUCCUAAUCCUCUCGGGGGCAAAUGUGUUUAUCAGUUGUGUAAAAAAUGUUGUAAAAACAAAUGUUAUGAAGAAGACUUAGAUUGCAAAGGGCAUAGAAUAUUGGUACAUACGCGACGUGAGAUGGCAAAAAAGUUUGCUUUACAGAAAGAUAAGGAAGUAUGUUGAAGAAGCGCAGAGUAUUUUAACAUUUAAAUUAAUAUUGGUGCCGAUUCUAUUGUACACAAUCUUUUAUUUAAAAUUUUAAAACAGGAGUAAAAGUACUGUAGUACUUUGUUAUAUUGGACUUAAAUGGAAAUAAGAGACUAUGAGAGUGCAAUAGAGUCAGCGGCAUUACUUUAGCAACCAUUGUGACAUUAAACAUUUUUACAUUUCCAAAUAAUUGUUUUUAUAAUUUUACGAAUCAUGUAAACUACUUUAGUACACUUUUUAUUUAGUUAAAAAUUAAAUACAGCUCCAUU